UUUUUUUCCCGCCGUAACAAUUUUUGCUGGAGAAGCCUAGUGCACUACAAGUCUCGACACCUGCUUCACCGAACAUUUCGGCUUCUAGGAAAACCACUACAAAAGUUUUCUUGACGCCAUCAUGUCGACGCCAACUCUGGCUGAGAAGCUUGACAAGAUCAAGUCUCCCGGCCUUCAGAGUCAAAAACGAACCGUCGUUAUUCUUCAGGCCGUAGAAUCGACAUUGAAAGAACAAAACUCCGCCCCGACGCCGACUGGCUACUUUGCGGCUCUCCUCGCCCUUCUGCAACAGGCAAUCAGCGAUGGCAACGUCAAUGUUGAACUUGCGGCUCCCGCUGUCUAUCUUCUCGAUGUGGUGACACCUUUCGCACCCCAGCCUCUGCUCCGAUCCAAGUUCACACAGAUUCUUACACUGCUUGCACCCGUUCUUCUGAUGCAGGAUGCCGAGCCUCUUCUUCUCCGCACAUCGAUUGGCUGCCUCGAGUCCCUUUUGCUGGCUCAGGACAUGCCAUCGUGGGAACUGUCAGUGUCCCAGAUUGGUCCCCGGCGUGCUGUUGCUGGUCUCUUGAACCUUGCUCUUGACCAGCGCCCCAAGGUCCGCAAGAGGUCGCAGGAUGCUCUGAAGAAGGUUUUGAAGAACCCUCCUCCUAGCCCAUCUCUGGACCACCCGGCAGCAGAUAUGUGUGCCCAGACUGCCUUGAAGAACCUCGAGGAGCUGGCUGCCAAGAACCUCCAGGCGCGCAAGGGCAAGAAGACACCAGGCUCUACAAACGAUCCUGAGCUGAUUCAUGCUCUGCACUUGGUUAAGACUGUCGCUGCUGCCAGUGGUGGCUGGCCGAGCACCAAGAUCGAAUCCCUCUGCGAACUUUUGCUCGGCAUCGCCAAGACCGGCAACGAAUAUAUGACCAUGGCCGCAUUUGAAAUCUUCGAAAUGAUCUUCGCCAGCAUGACAAACGACGUCUCUUCCGCCAAGCUCCCCCGACUUAUGGACAUCAUCUCCGAACUCCAGCCUGCACCCAACGAUACCCAGCUUGUCCCCGCGUGGCUGGCAAUUCUCUCUCGAGGAUACGAUGUGUCUGCUCAGGUCGAACCUGAAGACACUUUCCAGAAGCUCCCUACUCUCUUUGAUAUGGUUACUCAGUACUUCGGCUCCCAGUCUGAGAACAUCCGAAUUUCCGCCUCCGAAUGCAUGAUUUCGUUCCUUGCCAACUGUAUCCCGCAGCAAGUCAUCAUCGAACCUUCGAUAUACGACGAAAAGGUUUUGGAAAAGCUUGCCAAGACUGCCGAGGCACUCCUCACAGUUCAGUACCAAGCCGCCUGGUUGCAAACAUUCAACGUCAUUGGCGCCAUGUUCAUUGCCCUGCGCUGGCGGGCCAACCCUAUCUUGCUGAAUGUGACGAGAACCAUUGGCGAGAUCCGCGAAAACCAGUCCUUCCGUAAUAAGCAAGAGGCUGACGAAGUUAUUGGACAAGCUAUCCGCGCCAUGGGCCCCAAAGCCGCUCUCUCUGUACUGCCUCUCAACCUGGUGAAGCCUGUCAAGGGCCAGAACGGCCGCGCGUGGCUUCUUCCCCUUCUCCGUGAUUACACCAGCAACACAAACCUGUCCCACUUCAAGACUGAGAUGAUCGCUCUGAGUGAAGCCAUGUUCCAGCGUGUACUGGAUCAUGGUGAGGCUCCUAAGACUAUGGAGAUUAAGAUUUACGAAACAGUAGUGCAACAGGUUUGGUCUAUGCUCCCUGGAUACUGCGAUCUGCCCCUAGAUCUCACUGAGGCAUUCGACCAGUCCUUCGCCGAAAUGCUCGCCAAUCUUUUAUACAAGCAGGUCGAGUUGCGCCUAGACGUGUGCCGUGCUCUUAAAGUCCUUGUCGAGUCCAACCAGGCCAUUGCCAGCAUUGGUGAUGAUGAAGAGGACUUCCUUCUCCAGAGCCGAGUCUCCAAGGAGACUGCUUCGAAAAACAUUACUUACCUAGGACAAUUCGCUGGUAACAUGCUGGCUGUGCUAUUCAACGUUUACACCCAGACCCUUCCCCAGAGCAGAGGCCCCAUCCUGCAAACUGUCAACGCCUUCCUUAGCAUUACUCCUAACCAAGAGCUCAUGGAGACCUUUGACAGAGUUAGCAAAAUGUUGGCUGCUGAGCUAGAGAACCCACAGCAGGUAGAGAAGGAGAAGGGAAACAAGGGCAAGGACCAUAUGCCGUCGACAGCACAGACUUUGAUGGAUCUUGUCAUCACCAUCUCAGCCUACCUCCCACGAGAGAGCUUUGCAACGCUCUUUGAAAUUGCGUCUCUUAUUAUCAACCGUGGAGACGAGCCCCAGCUCCAAAAGAAGGCUUACAAGCUUAUCCCGCGCCUUGAGACCUCUGAGCUUGGCAAGGCCGCUCUCACCCAACGUUCUGAUGAACUCCAACAGCUUAUUCUCAGCAGCACGGAGAAGGUAUCCGCUCCCGCUCGACGCGAGCGUCUCGCCGCCAUCAGUGCUUUGUUACCUUAUAUCCCCGAUAACUCUCUCCACUUCAUCCCCUCUGUCUUGAGCGAAGUCGUCAUCUGCUGCAAGGAGAAUAAUGAGCGCGCUCGUGAGACUGCUUAUGAUCUUCUUGUCCAGAUGGGCCAGCGCAUGGUUUCUGCCAACAACGCCCCUAUUGACAACACAAAGGUUCCUCACAUGUCUAGCGAUGCCCCCGCUGGUGUGGCCAACAUUGAGGAGUUCUUCACCAUGGUCAGCGCCGGUCUUGCUGGCAGCACACCCCACAUGAUUUCUGCUUCCAUCACCGCCAUCAGCAGGCUUCUCUACGAAUUCCGCUCCUCUCUCAGCGACCAGACAUUGUCAGACCUUGUUCAAACAAUGGAUCUGUUCCUCACCUCAAACAACCGUGAAAUUGUCAAGAGCUGUCUUGGCUUCGUCAAAGUUUGCGUUAUCAGUCUCCCUGUCGAGCUUAUGAUGCCCCGUCUCCCCACUAUGGUACCGAACUUGAUCAUCUGGAGCCACGAGCACAAGGGCCACUUUAAGGCCAAGGUCAAGCACAUUUUCGAGCGCAUGGUCCGCCGCUUUGGCUUUGAAAUUGUGCACCAGAACUGCCCCGAGGCCGAUAGAAAGUUGAUUGUCAACAUUCGCAAGACCAAGGAGCGUGCCAAGAAGAAGAAGGAUGCCGACAGAGCUGGAAACGAUGAGGACGGCAGUGACGACGAUGAGGAACACGGCAAGAACCAGUUCGAGAACGAAUACGACCGCGCCAUUUACAGCAGUGAAUCGGAAGAUGACAACGAUGACGACGACGAGCCUGCUAGACAGUCCAGAAAGAACCAGAAGGGUGGCAAGACGUACAUUGUGGAAGACGAGGAUGAGCCUCUUGAUCUGCUUGACAAGAAGGCUCUUGCCAACAUCUCCUCCACAAAGCCCAUGAAGAUGCGCCAAGCUCCCAAGAAGACCAAGGCUAAGGUCGAUCUUGAUGGCAAGCUCAUUCUUGGCAAGGACAGCGACGAUGAAGGCGAUGCUAUGGAUGUUGACCAAGGCGAAGCCUCUGGCGUGGGUGCCUACGUUGCUGCCAUCAAGGGCCGUGAUGUCGCCAAGCGUGGACGUGGUGGCAAGCUCAAGUUCUCCAACAAGCGAUCCAACGACGACGAUGACGAUGAGGAGAUGGAUGCCAACGAUGUCGAGGCCAUCCGAAAGAAGAUCAGCCCUGGAAAGCCCAGAGGCGGCUUCAACGGAGGCCGCGGAGGUGGUGGUUUCCGCGGUGGAAGUGGUGGACGCAGCGGUCACGGUGGCAUUGCUGCUGGCCGACGCGGUCUGGGAGCUGACAAGCGCCAUGGCCAGAGCGGUGGUGGUGUUGGUAAAGGUAGACGAGGAGGAAGAAACUGACAUCCAAACGGUGACAUGGAGUUUUGA